AUGUUAUUGACGACGACUAGUCAAAGAAAUGAAAUUCAAACAUAACCGUAAAACUCCUAUAAGUAAAUUUAACAAUCUGGUGAUUAAUCUAACGUCUAGAUCUAGAUCCUACCAACUUAUUAAAAUUAUCAUAUUUUUAAAAAAUCAAAGUAAAAAUAAAAAGAAAAUUAGACCGUGUGAUAUUUUAUAUCCCUGCAAAAAAAAUUAUUUCGAAAAAAAGUUGAGCGAUAAAGAAAGAGAUAAUUCCGAGUAAGAGUGGACUAUAAUGGAAGAAUCAAAUUAUUUUUAUAACUAUUGCUGUUCUUAAUAUCGAUCAUUCAAGCUGUGUGCUAAAUACGGUUCAGUAGAGUAAUACGUAGGAAGGAGUAAAAAUAAAUUCUAUUUAGGAUCUAAAAAUGUAUUUUGUUAGGAUAUAUUGAUGGAAAUAACUAAGUAAGGAGAACAGGAAAAAAUUGGAGAAAUUUAAGCUAUUUCACCGGAAUUCAAAACGGAAUGUAAGAAAUCAUUUAUAUACACAAAACCUUUGAUAAAAAUUGUUUAUUUUGUUAACAAUGUGGAGGCUUAAGUCCUUGUUAUAACUUUGGCUAAAACAACAUUCCAUAAUUAUUACUUAAGAUAAUGUUGCCUGCCNUUUUUGCCCUAAGUUAGUGUAAAUUGUGAUUUUAUAUUACACACUAAUAAUGUCUUGAUUAAGCGAAUUAGUUGUGUAAAUAUCAAAGCAGAUAUAUACUGCUUUUAUAUGAAAAAAUAAAACAAAUUAAAUAAUUCAAUUGAUACGAUAAAAUAGUUUUAGUUGAAAUCUUUUGUCUAAUAUAUCUAUAUUUGUUUAGGAUUUAAUCAUCAAAAUUACAAAUUACAAUAUCAUUUAUAUUCAUUAUGUUUUGAAGAAUUGAAAUAUUGA